AUGAAAAAGAUGAUCUCAGAUCCCCCAGAGUCAAGCACUGGAGCAGGAGCCGCAGGGGAGGAGCCAGAGGAGGAGCCAGAGCAGGAGCCAGAGGAGGAGCCAGAGCAGGAGCCAGAGGAGGAGCCAGAGGAGGAGCCAGAGGAGGAGCCAGAGGAGGAGCCAGAGCAGGAGCCAGAGCAGGAGCCAGAGGAGGAGCACGAGCCAGAGCAGGAGCCAGAGGAGGAGCAGGAGCCAGAGCAGGAGCCAGAGCAGGAGCCAGAGCAGGAGCCAGAGGAGGAGCCAGAGGAGGAGCUAGAGCAGGAGCCAAAGCAGGAGCCAGAGCAGGAGCCAGAGGAGGAGCAGGAGCCAGAGCAGGAGCCAGAGCAGGAGCCAGAGCAGGAGCCAGAGGAGGAGCCAGAGCAGGAGCCAGAGGAGGAGCCAGAGGAGGAGCCAGAGCAGGAGCCAAAGCCAGAGCAGGAGCCAGAGGAGGAGGAGGCUGUUAAGAGCUUCAGGAAACGCUGUUGA